UUGGCUGUAUUAUAUAGGUUUAUGUAUGUUAGUUAAUGGUUAUGAUGUGUUUCUGUGGCGAAUUAGUCUCUGUUCAAAAGCAUUUAGUGCUUGAAUUGAUGGCGCGUAUUCGGACAGGGCACUACAGUAUUAACCAUUCAAUGAAAACAGAAUCCGUACCUACAUUCUUCCAGUGGUUGACACUAAACUUAUAUGUAUUGGCCUUGGACUUGAUUUGUUUCUGUUGAAGCAAAUAAUGGGAUGUACCAAAACCCAGGUUAUUAUUCAAGAUACUAAAUGGGACCACCUGGGUUUUUACGGCGGGAUAGAAAUAGUAGCUUUAGUCGUUUCAAUCUCAUCAUGACUAGUCGGGGUUUCGAAAUCCCUUAAGGGAUGAUACAUUUCAGUCCUCAACCGUCUUAGAAAUCAUAGGUCGCGAGUACCCUCAGGUUCUUUUGUUUUAGAAACUUCGACAGUGAAGACGUAUCAAUCGUGUGGUGGUGAAUAUUAUUGUGAAUGGUGUACAUUAGUGCACUUUUACUGAGUUUUGUUUUUGAACACCAAUAUUUUGACAAUCUUGCCGAUUUACUUAGAUGUGUCUGCAGUUCUAGCCUACCAAUGUUACUAUGUUCGACCUUACUGCGUCUUCGAAUCCGAAGUUUUUAAUCCAAGCUUAUAAUAUGCUUGCUAUUCUGAAGUUAGAAGGCUUCAUCUUAAAACCAGACUGGGACAUGUGGAAGGUAUCUUAUUGUUUGCUGUGCAGUGUGGGAACAUUUUUUGGGACAAAAAGCAUCCUCUCCAAUAGAAUGUUAGAAUCUGUUUUUUGGAGUAUAGUAGGCUUUUGGCUGCGCCAAACAUCCACUGAUUUUGAUUUAUGGACAUAUAUCAAAUAAAUUAUUGCUCUACUUCGUAUGUUGUUCAAGAAAUCCAUCUCAGUUUCCUUUUUCCAAAAUAGUUUACGUCAUGGUUUUAUCCGAGGGCACAUGUGCAAUUUCUGGGCUGCAUUAGAGAUCAAGUAUGUGGUUUUGCGUAAAACAAAUACAGGCUCAUUCAGUGGCCUUCAGUACGCAUUUCUAGGUUUUACAAACCAAAGCAUAUUUUCAGUUCGAUGUAUUUGUGUCAUAUCCUAACGAUAAAAAUGAAUGAGUCAUCGAAAGGCAAUUUGAAGCAUUCUUAAGUAUUAUUGACUAAUUGCUCCAAACGCUUAGAUUAUCCAUGGGUAAUUUUCUUGAUAAUUUUUCGUGGUUAAGUUGUUUCAUUCACCCUUGUGAAACCUGCACUUUAAACUCUCAUUGUGGCAAGAAAACUGUUGUUUAAAGGGUUUCAUUUCAAUAUGGAGCAAUUUAGUCACAAAGUGAAAUUACAUCGCGAUCUUCAUGAAUAGCUAUUGCUAAAAGGAUAGUGUAAAUGAAAAGUCGUAGACUCGAAUAGCUGUCUGAAUGUGUCUAAUUUCCCAACUACACCAACCUUAGAUUCCAGAAUAUUUAUUUUGGUUGUGUAAAUCAUUACUUUGUUCACUCUGUACUGUUUUUUCCUAACUUUAAAAUACGCUUUACUAAUUGAUCUGUUGGUGUAUUGUACGCUCAUUUUUUAUUGUUCAAUCUCCUACUCUAUAUAGUUUGGGACCAUGCACUCUUGUCUAUCUUUAACUUGACAACUGUCAUUUCUGUUUUAUAAUCACUACCGAAUAUUCAAGUUGUUCUUAUUUUAUUGACAUUACAGCUAUUAGACAAGAAAAGAUACAAUAUUGUGGUUCAUUUUACCAUGACGUUUGUCAAUCUGCUGUUGAAGAAUACAGGCAGGGUUAAUUUCGUUCGAUUUUCUCACAUAAGUCGCUCAGUAACACUUAGUAAAUUUGAAGACAAAACCCUCGAUUAUGAUAAAUUGGAACACAAUCUAAAUAUAGUGAAAGAUCGACUUGGACAUCCGUUAACACUAGCCGAGAAAGUGUUGUAUUCUCAUCUUGACAACCCAAAAACUGCAAAUAUUGAAAGAGGUAAAAGCUAUCUCAUGCUUAGGCCCGAUCGUGUUGCAAUGCAAGAUGCUACAGCACAGAUGGCUCUAUUACAGUUUAUUAGCAGUGGUCUUCCACGUGUCGCUGUACCUUCAACUGUCCACUGUGAUCAUCUUAUUGAGGCUAAAGAUGGUGCAGGAACAGAUCUUAAUCGUGCGAAUGAUACCAACAAGGAGGUUUACGAAUUUCUCGCAUCUGCUUCGGCUAAAUAUGGGAUUGGAUUUUGGAAGCCUGGAUCAGGAAUAAUUCACCAGAUUGUUUUAGAGAACUAUGCAUUUCCUGGUGCAUUAAUCAUUGGCACCGACAGUCAUACACCUAAUGGUGGCGGACUUGGUGGUUUGUGUAUUGGUGUUGGUGGUGCAGAUGCUGUGGAUGUAAUGGCUAAUUUACCAUGGGAGUUGAAGGCCCCAUUAGUGAUUGGCGUACAUCUAACAGGUAAAUUAUCUGGUUGGACAAGUCCAAAAGAUAUCAUAUUAAAGGUAGCUGAAAUCCUAACAGUGAAAGGUGGAACUGGAGCCAUCGUUGAAUAUUAUGGUCCUGGUGUUGAAUCGAUUUCAUGCACCGGUAUGGCUACAAUUUGUAAUAUGGGCGCUGAGAUCGGUGCUACAACAUCAAUUUUUCCAUUUAACGAUCGAAUGCUGGAUUAUUUACGUGCUACAAAUAGAGCGGAUAUAGGAGAUUUAGCUUCGAAGCAUAAGGCUUCUUUACUUACAUCAGAUGUAAAUUGUAAAUAUGAUAAAAUAAUUGAAAUAAAUUUGGAUACCUUAGAACCACAUAUAAAUGGUCCGUUCACACCAGAUCUGGCACAUCCAAUUUCACAACUAUCCAGUCAUGCAUCCAAAGCAGGUUGGCCGCUGCAUAUCAGUGCUGGACUUAUCGGUUCCUGUACCAAUUCAUCUUAUGAAGAUAUGGCACGUGCUGCCAGUUUAGCUCGUCAAGCUUUAGAUAAAGGUGUUAAAAUUAAAUCACAAUUCUUUAUAACACCUGGUAGUGAACAAAUUCGUGCAACUAUUGAACGUGACGGUAUCACGAAAAUAUUUCAAUCUAUUGGUGGUGUAGUAUUAGCUAAUGCAUGUGGUCCAUGUAUUGGUCAGUGGUCUAGAAAGGAUACAAAGAAAGGUGAUAAAAAUACGAUUGUUUCAUCGUACAAUCGUAAUUUCACUGGUCGUAAUGAUGCUAAUCCAGCUACACAUGCAUUUGUUACUUCACCAGAAUUAGUCACAGCUUUAGUAUUCGGUGGCAGUUUAUCAUUUAAUCCAUUGACAGAUGAACUAGUUGCAGAUGAUGGAUCAAAAUUUAAAUUUAAACCACCAACAGGCGAUACACUACCGAAGAAAGGUUUUGAUCCUGGUCAAGAUACAUAUCAACCACCGGUGACAGAUACUUCCAAAAUCACAGUUAAAGUUGAUCCGUCAAGUCAACGUUUACAAUUACUUAGUCCAUUUAAGAAAUGGGAUGGUAAAGAUUUAACUGAAAUGCCAAUAUUAAUUAAAAUUAAAGGAAAAUGUACUACAGAUCAUAUUUCAGCUGCUGGGCAAUGGUUAAAAUAUCGAGGCCAUUUGGAUAAUAUUUCAAAUAAUUUGUUCAUUGGAGCUAUUAAUGAAGAGAAUAAUGAAAUGAAUAAAGUAUUACAUCGUCCAUCUGGUCAGUGGGAUACUGUUCCAAUGGUAGCUAGAAGAUAUAAAACGGACGGUAUCAAUUGGUGCGUUAUCGGCGAUGAGAAUUAUGGUGAAGGAAGUAGUCGAGAACAUGCUGCCCUGGAGCCUAGACAUUUAGGUGGUCGUGCAAUUAUUGUGAAAAGUUUUGCACGUAUACAUGAGACAAAUUUGAAAAAACAAGGAAUGCUUCCAUUAACAUUUGCAAACCCAUCAGAUUAUGAUAAAAUUAAACCGUCAGAUAAAAUUUCCCUGUUAGAUUUGAAAAAUCUUCAACCUGGCAAACCUGUUCGUUGUGUAAUCCACCAUGAAAAUGGUAAAACUGAAGAAGUUCAAUUAUUGCAUACAUUUAAUGAGAAUCAAAUUGAAUGGUUCAAAGCUGGAAGUGCUUUAAAUCGAAUGCGUGAAUUAGGCAGUAAACAACAUUAAAUUCUGUCUAUCAUAUAACGUCUUAUACUUACUACCUUCCUUUUGAGAUAGUUCCUAACCAAUUUUUUUAAGAAUUUGUUUACUUUCUUUAUUUAGUUUCUUUGUUUAUUCUUCUUGAAUGAACUUCCUUUUCAUUCAACUCAUACAUUUCUAUUUAUAUGCUGUUUUGUAGUCAUAUAUAUCAGUUAGCUAUGCAAUUUAGUAAUCUACAAAUUACGCAUUUUCACAUUAAUUUAUUCCCUCCCAAACUAUCCCCCACUUUCUCCCUCCAUAUUGUUUUGCAUUAGUAGAGUUUGAUAAUCAGUCAAUUGUCAUUUCAGAGUUUAAAAUAGUCUUGAUACUAUUUACAUAUAUCUAUUGAUUGUUAGUUUGCAUUUUCUCAAACAUACGUGCAUGGAUCCAUACAAACAAGCGUACAUAUGGUGACCUAUGAAAAUGGAACUACUUGUGCAACGUAUCGUUUUUUUCUCUGUUUUUUUAUAGACAGUGAAUAUUUGUGUUCAUUGUUUAAAAUAAACAACUUGAGCUUUUGUGAGUAAAAUGUUACACAUGAUUAACGGGAAUGGUUUUGGAGAAGUAAAUUACUCAAUCCUUUU